CAGAAAUAGAAAAAAAAGUAAGAGUUCCUACACGUUAAACCUUGGCGGCCAUUAUUGAAACUCAUAAUAAUGCAGCCACCAUGACCAACCAAUCAAGCACGGAGCUUCAUUUCUUUCUGCUCCAACCCCAUAGCUGCUUUCCUGUCUAUAAAUUCUGUUAUUUAUUUGUUCUUAUUACCCUCUUUGUUUUUCAGAGCUAAGAAAAUGCAUAUCAAAACCCUUGUUCGCCCAAUUCACACUCCACUUAAAAACCCACAUCUUAAAAGGAUCACCAAUUCUUCUACUUUCAUCAAGCCAUAUUUUGCACCUAAUUUCAAUGACUUUUCUUUGCCUCCACUCUUGAAAACUUGGACUCCAAAAGCUGGGUCUGUAACAGCUUGCAUUGGCCACGGCCAGGAGCUGAUUGACAUUGUUAGUGUAAAUGACGAAAGCAAUGAUUCAUUACCAUCAUUUAGGGAAGAAAAAGAAGAGAAGAAAGUAGGAAUUGAGGUUAAGGGAGAGAACUUAGUGAAUCAGAACAUAUGGAAUCAAAUGAAAGAGAUUGUGAUGUUUACUGGGCCUGCCACAGGUUUAUGGAUUUGUGGGCCAUUGAUGAGUCUUAUUGAUACUGUGGUCAUUGGACAGGGGAGCUCCAUUGAGCUUGCUGCUUUAGGUCCAGGGACGGUUCUCUGUGAUUAUAUGAGUUAUACUUUCAUGUUUUUGUCGAUAGCUACUUCGAAUAUGGUUGCCACUUCCCUUGCCACCAAGGAUAAAAAUGAAGUACAACAUCAAAUAUCUAUAUUGCUCUUUGUUGGAUUGACUGCUGGGUUGUUGAUGCUUUUGUUCACAAGUUUAUUUGGUUCACAGGCACUGACUGCUUUUAUAGGGCCAAAGAAUGUCCAUCUUUUACCUGCGGCGAACUCGUAUGUUCAGAUUCGAGGCUUGGCAUGGCCUGCGGUUCUUGUUGGAUGGGUUGCUCAAAGUGCAAGCCUUGGCAUGAAAGACCCCUGGGGACCUUUGAAGGCUUUGGUUGUUGCCAGUGCAAUUAAUAUCACUGGUGAUAUUGUUCUCUGCUGUGUGUUAGGCUAUGGUAUUGCUGGUGCAGCGUGGGCAACGAUGGCAUCACAGGUUGUUUCAGCUUUCAUGAUGAUUAAUAGUCUUAACAAGAGAGGAUAUAAUCCAUAUGCAAUCUCCAUUCCAUCUCCUGAUGAUCUGCUGACGAUAUUUGGACUUGCUGCUCCAGUGUUUGUAACUAUGAUGUCAAAGGUGGCUUUCUUUGCUCUCGUUAUAUAUUUUGCUACAUCGAUGGGCACUCUCCCUGUGGCUGCUCACCAGGUCAUGAUUCAAACAUUCCAUAUGAUUGGUAUGUGGGGCGAGCCUCUCUCUCAAACCUCACUAUCAUUUAUGCCUGAGUUGAUGUACGGAAUCAAUCGAAAUAUGGCAAAGGCUCAAAUGCUACUAAAGUCACUCGUUAUUAUCGGAGCUAUCCUUGGUUUGAUCUUAGGGGCAAUUGGAACUUCUGUUCCUUGGUUGUUCCCAAAUUUCUACACAUCUGAUCUGAAUGUUAUAAGAGAGAUGCACAAGGUGCUAGUUCCUUUCUUUCUUGCAGUAGCUGUGACACCCUGCACGGUUACCCUCGAAGGAACAUUGCUGGCUGGUAGAGAUCUCAAAUUCAUUAGCAUGUCCAUGAGUGGAUGUUUUUCUUUGGCUGCAUUCGUGUUGCUGAUUGUGAGCAGCAGAGGAUAUGGUUUGCCAGGUUGUUGGUAUGCAAUUUUAGGAUUUCAAUGGGCUCGAUUUUUCCUCGCUCUCCAACGUCUUCUUUCGCCUAAUGGCAUACUCUUCUCUGAAGGUUUGGACCCUUAUCAACUAGAGAAGAAGCUGAAAGCUAAUUAGUUUCAAGAUGGUCGACAAGAUUAGAGAUAAAAGAUCACUUGAUGCAUUUUAAGCAACAGACAAUUAUGUCCCAACCGUGGAAAACCUAGUUGUUGCAGACUUAUGCCUCUCUGCCAUAAGCGCAAGAUCGUUGUAAUUGUAUAUCUAAACAAGGGUUUGGAACUAAUUGUCCAAAGAACAAAUAGUUGUGAACAAGAUUUGUAGCCUGUAGAUUGAAUGCAAUUCAUAUAAUUCAAUGAACUAGUAGUUCUGCAACAAGUU